CAACAUCGACGCCAUUUCGAUUUCAGCCUUAAAAUGGACGUAAAAUGCAGCGCGAGGAUGUUUCCCCUCUAAAUCAGAAGCGACACGCGCUUCCCGCGCCUGCACAUUCAAACGAGCUUUAACGGACAGUUUGUGACGUCACAUGCAAAGAAGAUGGACAUUAGCACGGCGGUGUUUAACGCGGCGAGAGACGGAAAACUGAAACUCAUUCAGAAGUUGCUGUGCAACAAAAGUCCCGAGGAGCUGGAGGCGCUGGCGGAGGAGAAGACGCAGGGGGGGACGCCGCUCCUCAUCGCCUCCCGGUACGGCCAUCUGGAGGUUGUGGAUUACCUGCUGGAGCACUGCAAGGCUAACGUGGAGCUCGGAGGCUCCGUGAACUUUGACGGCGAGACGAUUGAAGGCGCUCCGCCGCUGUGGGCGGCCUCCGCCGCGGGACAUCUGCCAGUAGUGAAGACUCUACUGAAGCACGGAGCCUCCGUCAAUAACACCACCCUGACCAACUCCACCCCCCUGAGGGCCGCAUGCUUCGAUGGUCAUCUGGAGAUCGUUCGAUACCUGGUGGAGCAUCGUGCGGACAUGGAAGUGGCGAACCGCCACGGUCAUACAUGUCUGAUGAUCUCGUGCUACAAGGGCCACAGGGAGAUCGCCAAGUUCCUGUUGGAGCGAGGGGCCAAUGUCAACCGUAAGAGUGUGAAAGGCAACACCGCCCUGCAUGACUGCGCCGAAUCCGGGAGUCUGGAGAUCAUGAAGAUGCUGAUGAAAUGUAACGCCUGCAUGGAGCGGGAUGGUUAUGGCAUGACCCCGCUGCUGGCCGCCAGCGUCACCGGUCACACCAAUAUAGUUGAGUAUCUUGUGCACCAGCCCUGGGCCACCAGAGAGGAGCAGAUAGACGCCCUUGAACUUCUUGGGGCAACAUUUGUGGACAAGAAACGUGACCUGCUGGGUGCCAUGUGCUACUGGAGAAGAGCGAUGGAGCUGCGGCAGGCGGGCGAGAAGGCUGGAUUUCUGGCCAAACCCCCUCCGGGUCCCCCCGUCUCUGCGUACGACUGCGCCCACGAGGUGUGCACGGUCGAGGAGCUGGAAGCGCUCAUCACAGACCCCGAUGAGAUGAGGAUGCAGGCCCUUCUGGUGAGGGAGCGCAUCUUGGGCCCCUCGCACCCGGACACUUCAUACUACAUCCGUUACAGGGGGGCCGUCUACGCCGACUCGGGCAACUUCGAGCGCUGCAUCAGCCUGUGGAAGUACGCCCUGGACAUGCAGCAGAGCAACCUGGACCCGCUCAGCCCCAUGACUGCCAGCAGUUUCCUGUCGUUCGCUGAGCUCUUUUCCUUCGUCCUACAGGACAGAGCCAAGGGCACCCUGGCCACCCGCGUCACCUUCCAGGACCUGAUGGCCGUCCUGGGCAAGAGUGUACGGGAGGUAGAGCGUGCAGUGGCGCAGCGGGACAGUCCUCCAGAGGCGCUGCAGUUCACCAAAGCCCUGUCCAUUAUUCUGCACCUCGUCUUCCUGUUGGAGAAACUCGACUGCACUGCAGAGCAAGAGCACCAGAAGAGGCAGACGGUCUACCGGCUUCUGAAGCUCAAUCCCCGGGCGAGGAACGGCUACACGCCCUUGCACAUGGCCGUGGAUAAAGAGACCACAUCGGUGGGCCGUUACCCUGUGGGCCGUUUCCCAUCUUUAGUUGUGGCAGGCUUGUUGCUGGAAUGCGGGGCAGACGUCGACUCCCGCGACUGUGAGAACAACGCGCCACUCCACGUCGCUGCCGCCAACGGCUGCCCGGAGAUCAUGGAGACACUCAUUCAAGCUGGGGCACAUUUCGACGCCACCAAUGCACUACACAAGACGGCCUACGAGCUGCUGGAUGAGCAGAGCAGCGGGCGACACGUGCUGCACCCCCUCAGUUACGUCACCUUGCAGUGUCUGGCCGCCCGUGCUAUUGAGAAACACAGACUUCCCUACAAAGGGCUCAUCUCAGAGGAAAUGGAGGCGUUCAUCGAGCUGCACUGACCUCACCAUGCAAACACCCCAUUUUACACAACAUACCUCCAUGAAACACCCCCUGGCCUGGCCUCACCUUAUGCACGAAUGCUCAGGCCGGGUGCCAGUCUAAGCAAUAAACCCAAUCUAAUUACAACCGUACUGUAACCAAGUGGUGUGGACACUCGCCAAACCUCCUGCUGUCUGUCUUCAAAGGGCUCGUGGGAAAAUGUUCAAAAGACAACCUGUGGACACUUCCAGGAAGUGCCAGCACUGCAGAAAAUUAUUGUCUUACUGAGUAUUUUUGUCUCAUUUCCCAGUAAAAUAUCUACACACUCUUAAAUCAAGAUAAAUGUAAUUGUGAAUCAGAAUGACAUAACCCUAACAUUUUUUGUUUUCAGAGAAAUCUAACAAUUUAGUAAUGUUUUAUGCUUGAAACAAGUAAAAAAAUGCCCAUGUGGUAAGAAAAAAAACUUGAUUCAAAGGGAAAACAAGUUUAUUUUUCUUACCCUAUUGGCAAAUAGUUAUUUCUUGUUUUAAGCAUUAACUGCACCAAAUUUUGUUUGAUUUCUCUGAAAACUUGACUUAAUAUCUCAUACCAUUCUGCUCCUCAAGGAAAUUAGUCUUGUUUUAAGGAUGUUUACAUAUAUUUACCAGAAAAUAAAACUAAAGUGUUCUGUAAAAAAAAUUUUCCAGUUAGGAUGUUAUUUGCUCUUUGGGUUUGAUGUAGGCCGUGAUCUCCUUCCUGUUUUUUUUAUUUCCUUUGUGAGCAGGAAAUGAACAAUUUUGCCUGUCUGUAUUGGUUUGUGUUGUAUUAUUGAUGAGGUAAAGGCUCGUUUUAGGGUGUAAAUGAAUCAUUAAUUGCACGUUUACCAAACGGGCAUGCUCAAAGCAUUAAUGCAAAACUUUUCUAUCUCUAGUUUUAAUUAAGUCUCUUAUCAAAUGUCAUCAUAACAUGGUUUAAUUCUGUAUUUCCCCCCAGAUUUGUGAUCCUGAUGCAGGGGUUUGAAGCUCACGGUGCCAAACGCUAGUCUUACAUGAUGAUCUUUUCUAACGUUGAAUGUAUGCGGCUGUGAUUCUCUUGUGUUUUUGUUGUGUGAAUGCGGAGCGUCUGUUUCAGGAGGUUAAACGGACUCUGUGGGUUCUAACUCGGCACUUUAUCCCCCGUCUGUGAGAACAGAUAUUAUUGAAUUGCUGACGUUAUAUUGAUAUCUAUGCAGUUUAUUAACAGAGGUGGAUUUGGAGUGACAGAUUUGGCAACCCAGGUGUGAAUGAAUGCGGCUCACAUUCCUGCAGUGACGUCAGACGUGUGACAUCAUCAAAAAUGCUUCCAGCUGUUAUGCAAGUUUUUCCUUUAUGACAACUUCAUAUUAAUGAGUUCUGCCUAGUUUAUGUUGCUGGGAUGUUUCUGUCGUGAACUGUUUCUUAUAAUAAUAAGUUGGGGAUUUUACUGUGUUUAUGUAGAAUGCUGCUGCAUACUGGCCUGAUCGACUAAAGAUAAAAAUGUCGUGAUUUUACCCCUUUAAUUUGAGCAUGCUCAGAAGGUAAGUUCAGUGUAAGUCUGGGGUUACAUAUUAUGAUUUACAUGCAUCUCUCCAUGUUGUAUGUAAAGCUGAAUUAUGUAACUUUUUCAGUGUUAAAAUCUUUGUUCAAUCCCAGCUUGUUAGGCAGAGACAGUUGUAAGUAAGCCAUUCUUUGGUUUAUUUUCUCAAAAACUGUAAACUGAUUACAUUUAACAUGGACACUAGAAAGCGGCUUUUUGGGAGAAACGGCGUUCUUGUUUACAUGUACUUUAUAAGCGGCGUACUCUUUACUCCCGUAUACAUGCGGCUCAGUCAGUAUGCAGCUUCCUCCACAGCAACGGAAUUUUCCCGCUAUGCUAGUGUAAAUAACAAACAUGGGAUACGAGGAAAACUUUGCUAUUUUAUUCUCUGUUGCUUCACUUUAUUUCCAGAGUUGCUGCUGUGUGUGUUUCCUUCACUUUCUAUCGCGACCUGCAGCAGAAUUGCGCUGCAAUAGUGGUGUUUCCCUCUUACGUCAGACUCCGGGAUUCCCCCGGUGUAUGAGCACAUAUACAUGAACGUGAGGGACAGUCGAUAUUUUACAUUGAUGUGUAUAAAUGGGUAUAGUUUAUAGUUUAUGUGAUUUUCCCACUGUACUCCCAGAAAUGUUGAAUUAUUUCCAUUGUGUUGAUUUGUUGUUGGGCUCCAUCCUAUGACGUUUGUUAUCCGGUCUGUUCACACACGCGCACUCUUCAGAACGCCGCUUAUGCUUUACAUGAGCACAUUAAGCUGCGUUCUCUGAGAGAAACCUGAGUGUGUUAAACCGCUUUCUCUUAAUCCCUUAAACGGCAAAAGGAAAUCAGCAUUCUUGUUUACACGACGUUUCGGAAUGCCGCUUUCUGCUAAAAUUCUGGAAUAAACCGUUUUCUUAAGUGCAUGUAAACAUGGUCAGUGUGUAUCUGUGGCGCUGUUAAAGAUGCUCUGUUUAGAGUGACCGCUUAGACCCGCCCCAACAACAUUACAUAUUCAAAAAGUUGUUUUGAAAACGUUUUUAUAGAGAAAUACUAUUUUGGCAGAUUUUCUUUGUUUUUUUGCUAUGUAACAUUAUUUUCAUUGCAAUUAAACACAUUUCCCUUAAAACUCUCCAAAAAUCUAAUUCUCAUUACUGUAAUGGGGAUUCAUAGUAUUUGCACACCAUGGUAAUAUUUGUUGUUGUUGUUGUUGUUAAGCUGAUUUAAAGAGUAAAAAAAUAAAUAAAAAAUUUCUAACUUUAUUUUUAAAUGACUGUCUUACACAGAUCUAUUGAGAAUAGUGUGAAUCGAACAAACUCAAAAGUACAACGUCCGGACACAUUUCAGUAAUGAGACGGGGCAAAAUGUGUUUCAUUCUCAACAUGUCACAAUAAAAAAAAAUGUAAAUGGGACUAAAGGCUGGAUUUUGGGAUGAAAUAUGAACUGGACAUGUUUUAAUGAGGUUCAUCUGUCUCUCAGAUGUCCUCUGGUGCAAUAGUUCUGGUCUCGUCUGAUGUUGAAAUUGCGUUUCCGUUGACCUUAUUUCAGAUCAAAAUCUCUUCUGUCUCCUUUUCCACUGUCGUCUACUUUAUAAAGAUCACAUCUAAUUUCCACAUCUUGAGUUUUCUGGAGUUUUUUUUGUCUACAGAAAUUUAUUUGUAAAGAUGUUUUUUCAUUGUUUCAUCAGCUGAAUGAUCAACACCAAUUUAAACAACAGUAGAACCCACUGAAGAGACUUUACCUUUAUCCCUCACAGCCUCGUUUACAUCUCCAUCAAGAAUUAAAUAUUGCCCAACUCUGAAUAUACCUCAUAGAGCUGUAUAAUAUGAUGUGUUCACUAACACACACACACACACACACAUGUUGGUGCAGCUAUCAUUAUGAGGACUCUCCAUAGACAUAAUGAUUUUUAUACUGUACAAACUAUAGAUUCUAUCCCCUAACCCUAACCCUACCCCUAAACCUAACCCUCACACACACACACACACACACACACAUCAUGUUGGUGCAGCUAUCAUUAUGAGGACUCUCCAUAGACAUAAUGAUUUUUAUACUGUAUGAACUAUAGAUUCUAUCCCCUAACCCUAACCCUACCCCUAAACCUAACCCUCACAAAAAACUUUCUGCAUUUUUAAAUUUUCAAUAAAACAUCAUUUAAUGUUAUUUCCCUUGUGAGGACCACCCAAAAGAUCCUCACAACCAGAAAUGUCCUCACAGAACAGGUUGAUUCUCAAUACUUGGUCCUCACAAGUAUAGCUAAACCUGCACACACACACACACACACACUCACUCACACACACACUCACUCUCACAUACAUUCACACACACACACACACACACACACACACACACACUCACUCACUCACUCACUCACUCUCACAUACAUUCACACACACACACACACUCUCACACACACUCGCCCAGUGUGUCAGACCAUAUUCAUGAUGGUUUAAACUGCUGCCCCCAAUGGAGGCGUUUCUUAAAUGAUGACAUACACUAAGCUUGUGCUCAUAAUGUGAACAUGUUGGAUGUUCCAUGUCUGAUUUUACAAUGUAUUUAUUUUUAGAUGCUUUUUAUUUACAUCUCGUUACCUGCCCUCAGUAGUGUGCCAAACAAUGCAUCAGUUUUGUCAUGCACCUGACAAGAAAGAGACCAGACUGUAUCACAGAGCGAUCUCAACUGUACAGUCCUAUUUUGCCUGUUUAGUAACCAUACAGAUUUCUGUUAGAAACAUAGAAAGUUUCAGAUUGGAAAUUAAGACUAAAACAGAGUUUAGUUCACCAAAAAUUCUGUAAUUUCUGUCAAAGAAAGCGUGCUAAACAUCAGCGCACCGUUUCUCCUCAUUAUACUUGCGUUUAAUCCAGAUAAGUGUCAUUUUGAGCAGAAUUCUGUCAUUUUAUUUGAAAACCAGUAUUGACCGAGCUACAGAUGUUUGUGUGUCACACUGAAGAAGAUCUGUGAAGUUCUCGUGCAUGUAUAUAUGUAAGCGAUUUUUCCCAUUUUCAGAUCGUACGGUUAUUUCUUUUUAAAGCCGCUCGUAUCUCCAUCUGUGGUUUCAGUAAUUUGAUCACGCUUUAGAACAUGUUUACACCUCUUUUUAACACUCACCACUUGUGAUCGGAUCACCCAAGAUGCUUUUUGAGACCAGGUGUAAACGGGGACAAAGUCAUAUGUGUUUGGAACAGCAUGAGAGUGAGUAAAUGAUGUCAGAAUUUCUAUGUUUGUGUGAAUUAUCCCUUGAGGAUCUGAUGUUUGUAACACUAUCAUGUUUCUCUGUGUCUCUAAGGGGAAAUAUAUGAAGCUCUGUGUGCUGUUGGGAACUGAAGGCAAGUUAUUUCUACAACAGACACUUGAUCUCUCAGACUCGCAGAUAUAAAUAGAGUGUGUGUGUGUGUGUGAAUGUGCAUGUGUCGCAUCUCUCCUGACAAGUUUCAGUUUCUUGGACUGCUCGAGGGUCUAAUACUUGACUCAGUGAUGGACCGCUUGUGUAUCGCAGGGGUCAGUCUUCACCAUCACAUGUGAGCGUUCUGCAGUGUUCCAGGUUCACUUACAGUUUCCAUACAUCCGUGUUGUGUUAUCUGCUCUGUGUUUAUGUGUUGUCAGAGAGUGUCAACAGACUGCAGUUGAAACCCAACAGGUGCCAAGAGAUAUUGAUCAUAUAAAUGAUUGAAACAUGAACACAUGAGCAUAUAUCUGGACUCUCAAAAAAUGAACUUUCACUCGUUAGUUUUACUUUAAUGUUCAUAUUACUCAAACUCAUGUAACCAAGGAAACUUACAUUAAAUUUGAAGUUGGUUCAACUAAAAAAAAAAAAAAAAAGCAUCAUGUCAGCUUCACUUAAUCUGUUUACAUUGAGACAACUUGAAUAUUCUUGUUUGGUUAACUGAAACUGGGCAGAGGAUUUCCAGUUCCCGGCAUGCAUGAGUAAAUAAAUAAAGUGUUUUUUUAAAAUAAA